CGCUAAAGACCUGUAAAGACCCCGGAUGAAGCGGCCCACACGAGAAUCCGUGCGCUAGGGGCCCCAUCUUGCCCCAUCUUGCCGGGCAUAUUCGAUUCGAAAGUUUCCAAAGAAGGGACUUGUUGAAUUUCGGACGGGCUACCGGUCCGGGGUAAGGUGGUUGAGGUCUGAAGUUCAGCCACAGGUUCUGUCGAUCGAGACCUGCUGGACGUCUAUAUAAGGGCGCGCGCAAACGAGGUCUAUCGAAGAACUUGACGAUGUAGCUGAAGUAUUCACCCCAAGUCAACCAAACAUGUGGAGCUCAACACCCGCUCGCGCGGCUUACAUACUCUUGCAACUGGCUCUCUGCAAGUUUCAGGUUGCAGAGGCCAACAAUGACGGCAAAGCAACCAACAGCGACAACCUUUGCGUGGAGACCGACGGCUCUGGAUCCGGCUUCUUGCUCGCGUCGCCGGACUCCACGACCACGAUAUACACCGACCCCGCUUCUCCCGCUGCCAUUCACCAUGUAGCGGCCUCAUUCGCCCACGAUCUACAAUGUGUCGUCAAGGGGGCCAAUGUCAAUGUGAAGAACGUCAGUUCGAUCGACGAACUUGGGUCUUCGGACGGCAGCAAUUGUAUCUUCUUUGGCGCGUUGGACAGUGGCAACCUGAUCAGCCAGGUCGUCAAUGCUACCAACAUUGAUGUUAGCGCCACUCGAGGACAGUGGGAGAGCUGGACUAUUCAGCAAGGACAGCUGGCUCAAGCUGGAGGUCAAAAUGUAACCGUGAUGGCUGGUGCCGAUAGGCGAGGAGCAGCCUAUGCAGCCUAUACAGUCUCCGAAGAGAGUGGUGUUUCUCCUUGGUACUGGUGGGCCGAUGUUCCCAUAGUCACUCAUUCGAGUCUGCAACUCAAGUCAUGCUCCCACGGGUCUCCCGUGGUCCAGUACCGAGCCUUCUUCCUCAACGACGAGCAACCGGGUCUUACCCAGUGGGCAAACAAACACUUCAAUUCGGGGCCUAAUGACCCCCUUGGACAAAGUUUCUUGCCGUCGAUGUACGGGAAGCUAUUCGAGUUGAUUCUGCGAUUGAAGGCGAACAUGCUCUGGCCCGCUAUGUGGGCGGACAUGUUCGCUGUAGCUGGGCUGGACGGUCUGCCUAACAACGGCACCAAUGGUAUAGGGGCAGCUGGACCCAACCAGGUCUUGGCUGAUGCUAUGGGUAUCGUCUACUCAACUUCUCACCAGGAGCCGAUGGCUCGUAAUACCCCAGAAUGGUCGAAAUACGGCAAAGGUGAAUGGAACUACACCGUCAACGAGGAAUUCCUCGACACCUUUUGGAAAUACGGCGCGGAACGUGCCAAGGACUAUGAGACCCUCUUUACAGUAGGAAUGCGAGGAGACGGAGAUCUUCCGCUUCCAGGAGCCAGCAUUGAACGUCUGGAGAAGAUCAUGACCGAUCAGCGUUCCAUCAUCUCGGAGGCGCACGGAGGGAUCGCUGCGGAGAAGGUUCCUCAGGUCUUUGCCCUCUACAAAGAGGUUCAAGGAUACUAUGACACCGACGGCAUGACAGUCCCGGACGACGUUACCUUGUUGUGGUCUGACGACAAUUGGGGAAACAUCCGAAGAGUUGGGCUCGCUAACGAGACUUCGCGAAGCGGAGGUGCUGCGCAAUACUAUCACUUAGACUAUGUCGGUGACCCUCGAAGCUACAAAUGGGUUUCUACGAUCUCGUUCAUCAAGAUGUGGGAGCAGCUGAACACUGCACAGAACAUGGGCACCGAUCGCAUGUUGAUCCUCAACGUCGGUGAUCUCAAGCCUAUCGAAGUCGCCACCACCCUCGGACUGUCCUUGGCUUAUGAGGGUACCAAGUCCCUCGCGCCUACCAAUGGGUCGGUCACUGGCGUAUCCGCUUGGGUGCAGAAGUGGGCUCGUCGUACAUUCCCCACUCUCGACGCCGCCAAGGUCGCCCACGUUGUCGAAGGCUACAACGCUCUGAACGCCAAGAUCAAGCCGGAACUGGUCAACGCUUCCAGCUGGUCCCUCAUCCAGUUUGAUGAAGCUGAACGAGUCGAAGCCGAAUGGCAGACGAUCGUGGAUAUGGUCAACGACCUUCAAACUUCCGUUGGGGACGAUCUCUACCCGGCCUUUUACCAAUUGGUAGCUUACCCAGCUUUGGCGUCUGCCAACCUGAACCAACUCUACCUCGCCGUUGGCCGUUCCGUGUUGUAUGCGAGCCAGGCGAGGACAUCCGCCAACCUGUGGGCGGACAAGGCCAACGAGUAUUUCGCCAAGGACGAAGCGCUCUCUGCUGGGUACCAUCAAUUGCUCGAUUACAAGUGGGACGGUAUGAUGAGUCAGACGCACAUCGGUUAUCAAUACUGGCAACAACCGAUGCGAAACCAGCUCAACCCGGGCCCGGCUUCUUUGCAACACGAUUACUGGCCUCUGCAAAGCUUGGGUCCGAUGCGGAUCACGAUCCCCACAUUGAAGGGCGCUUGGCCGGGUGAUAACGGCUUCAACUGUGCGUUGGGAUACAACUGUCCCGGACCAACUCUUUCUGGGUUGAGUCGAUACAGCACUCGACCCGCUUGGGUGGAUGUCAGCAGUGGAUCGUGGAUCGACUUCGAGUACACUGCCACUGCCAACGUCUCUUGGGUCAAGGUCUCCUCUGCGAGCGGCUCGAUCGCUGGAGAUGGGAGCACCGACGCCAGGGUGCACGUAUCCAUCGACUGGUCUCAAGUCCCUUCGAACGCUUCGGAUACCGUCCACGGAGGUAUCAUGUUCGCUUCGAAACCGAACGAUCACCCUCAGACCGUGGUCAACGUCACUGUCGUGGCGGAUACCAGGACGGUCGACACGUCCUCAGCCAAGGCUGGCUCGUUCAUCGGCGGGGCGAACUACGUUGCUAUGCACGCGACCAACGCUACCGUCAAGAACAACAUCGACAACGUCACUUGGACCGAGUUGCCUCAUUACGGUCUCACCGGGAACGCCUUGGUCGACCUUCCUCCUACUCACGCAUUCUACGCGGCCGGAGAGGGUCCCUCGCUGGAGUUCGACUUUUACAGCCAGGUUCCAGCUGCAAACUUGAACUGUACGAUGUUCUUCGGUCCCUUUGAAUCGUACCACCGUGGCAAUCCCUUCCAAUACGCCGUCAGCCUGGAUGGGUCCGAGCCGGUCGUGCAACAACCCAUUCCUGUACCCAAGAACGCCGGGUCUGAGCCUUCGGACUGGACGGGCGUCGUUGCUUCAAGCAUCAGGAAGAGUACGACCAUGUUCAACGGUACUUCUACGGCUCCGGGUUGGCACAUGUUGAAGGUCUACAACAUGGUGCCGGGGAUGGUCUUGGAGACGGUCGUCUGUGGUGAAUACCCGUUGACCAGUCUUCCGCCUCCUCAGAGUUACCGGCUCUAGGCAAAAGGAACGCCGUAAUUAUCUGGCUCACUAACAAAUCGAAUGAACUUGUACAAAGAAGGGAAAAAUAGUUGAUCGUCAUAAUUUCAUGAUAAUGCAAAUAUCUGUGCUGUAUC